AUGCCGCCGCCGCAGCAGUCUGCGCCAAUACACCUGCGGGCGUGGCGCUUCGCCUUAGCCGUCGCCACCGGCCAACAUGCCCUCUCGCAGCUGGUCCCGCCCGCGCUGUGGCUUCUCGACGCGAUCCUCUGCGUGCUCGUUCUCUGGAAGGUGCCCUACACCGAGAUCGACUGGGUCGCGUACAUGGAGCAGGUCGCCCAGUACGUCGGCGGCGAGCGCGACUACACGCGCAUCGAGGGCGGCACCGGCCCGCUCGUGUACCCGGCGGCGCACGUCUACAUCUACACGGGACUGUACUACUUGACGGACCGCGGCAAGGCCAUUUUGCUGGCGCAGCAGCUGUUCGCGGUGCUCUACAUGGCGACCCUGACGGUGGUGAUGCUGUGCUACUGGAAGGCCAAGGUCCCGCCGUACAUCUUCCCGCUCCUCAUCCUGUCGAAGCGCCUGCACAGCGUCUUCAUCCUCCGGUGCUUCAACGACUGCUUCGCCGCGCUGUUUCUGUGGCUGGCCAUCUACUUCUUCCAGCGGCGCCACUGGACGCUCGGCAGCCUAGCGUACACAUGGGGCCUCGGCAUCAAGAUGUCCCUGCUGCUGGUCUUGCCCGCCGUGGCCGUGGUGCUCUUCCUCGGACGCGGCUUCCGUGGCAGCCUGCGCCUGGCGUGGCUCAUGGCGCAGGUGCAGAUCGCAAUCGCGGUGCCGUUCCUGGCGGGCAACUGGAGGGGAUACCUGGGGCGGGCGUUUGAGCUGUCGCGGCAGUUCAAGUUUGAAUGGACGGUCAACUGGCGCAUGCUAGGCGAGGACGUGUUUUUGAGCAGGGGCUUUGCGAUCUCGCUGCUGGCGGGCCACGCGCUCGUCCUCCUCAUCUUCAUCACCACGCGGUGGCUGCAACCCGCCGACCGGCCAUUGUCCGCCAUGAUCCCGGCGCUUCUCAAGGGCAGGUCCCCCUUCUCACAGGCCGAGGAGCUGCGCGUAUCCAGUCACGUCACGCCCGACUACGUCAUGGCAGUGAUACUCUCCGCCAACGUCAUCGGCCUGCUCUUUGCGCGCUCCUUGCACUACCAAUUCUAUGCGUACCUGGCGUGGUCGACGCCAUACCUGCUGUGGCGGGCGGCGCCGCACCCGCUGCUUGCGAUUCCGCUAUGGCUCGCGCAGGAGUGGGCAUGGAAUGUCUUUCCGAGCACGGACGUGAGUUCAACGGUCGUAGUCAACAUCCUCCUCGUCACCGUCGUGCUGGUUUAUUUCGGGACCGCAAAGGAGGGAGACGCGGUGGCGAAGCAGAAGGCGGCCGAGGCGAAGAACAAAUGA